ACGGCAGAGCGUGCUGCUGGAGGUCAGGGACAUGAAAACAAGGAAAGCUCGAUAGUUUCUCUUUAAAGUAAAUAAUUAAACAGAAAUAUUGAGGGGAUCUAACAAGAUAAAAUAAUAAACCCAGUCAGGAUACCUGCUGUUAGUUGGAUAAAACUAGUGGCAACGUUUCUACAAGUCAGGCGUUUACAGAUUUCUGUUACGACAUCUUGCUAAGGUUAGCUCUGCUCGGCUAGCUGCUUCUAGUCCGAGUCUCCAGGAAGGUUUCCAGUCAUGGACAACAACUCACAGGGAUCGGGGGGAUUCAAAGCGGGCCUCGGGGGUCUUUUUGGCGGUGGUGCCCCUGAAUACUCCAACACAGAGCUCGCCGGUGUCCCCCUGACAGGGAUGAGUCCUCUGUCCCCCUACCUCAACGUCGAUCCCCGUUACCUGGUUCAGGACACGGAUGAGUUCAUUUUACCAACAGGGGCCAAUAAGACCAGAGGACGGUUUGAGCUGGCUUUCUUCACUAUUGGAGGAUCCUGUAUGACUGGAGCUGCACUGGGAGCUUUCAACGGUCUGAGGAUGGGCUUGAAGGAGACCAGAGACAUGCCGUGGUCCAAACCUCGUAACGUACAAAUCUUGAACAUGGUGACCAGGCAGGGGGCUUCGUGGGCCAACUCUCUCGGUUCUGUCGCCCUGUUGUAUAGUGCUUUUGGCGUGGCGAUAGAGAAAGCCCGAGGGGCAGAAGAUGAUAUAAACACCGUGGCUGCCGGCACGCUAACGGGGAUGCUCUUCAAAUCCAGCGGAGGACUAAGGAGCGCGGCUCGUGGAGGUCUGGUUGGUUUAGCUGCAUCUGGUGCCUACGCCCUUUACAACAACUGGGAGCAUCUCACCGGCUCCUCCUCGCCCUCCUCCGCCCGGCUCUACUGACCCUGACCGCCAUCUUCACCGUUCGGACGCAGCAUUUUAUCACAGGCGGUUAAAUUCUGUUCUUUUCCCACCUCAGUCCAUCGCCUCCGAGCAUUCUGGGAAUUAGGACAGAAAAGUGAAUUCCUCUGUUAGCCUGUUUUUUUCUCAUCAGUGAGGAUGUAUGGAAUCCUGACUCCUAUUUUUAUUGAUCGUGACUCAUCAGUCUGCAGUGAGAAAGCGUCACGACAUUUAGCUUAAAGAUCAGACUCACAGGGCAGCACCUGGCGUGCCGUCAGGAUGAGGCGUUUCUGACCAAAAGACUU